AUGGAAACAGAAUUAAGGCUCAUCGGAGACCAAAGCCAGGAAAAUGCAGAAACCUCUGAUGAUCAUGUCACUAGCAUCACGGAGGCAGACAGGCAAUGGCUAAAAUCAGUAGAAAAAAAGACUAAGCUAUUGCCAAAAUUGUUAAAAAAAUCCGCCGGCAAGAGCUCUUGCUGCAUCUUUAGAGUGCCUCAAAGCCUCGUCGAGAUUAACGAGAAGGCCUAUCAUCCCCAUAUUGUCUCCAUUGGUCCUUACCACUAUGGCAAAGUGCACCUCAAGAUGAUCGAAGAACACAAAUGGCGGUUUCUUGGCGGUAUUCUUGCUCGAACACAGCAACAUGGUAUUGGAAUCAACGACUUCUUCAAAGCCAUAGCACCGAUUGAGGAGAAGAUAAGAGAUUGUUACUCUGAGACUAUUGAAUGUAGCAGACAAGAAUUAAUUGAGAUGAUGGUGCUUGAUGGGUGUUUCAUUAUUGAGCUCUUCUGCAUCAUUGGAGGGAUAGUGCAAAGAGAUAUUGAUGACCCUAUAUUCAAUAUGACACUGAUGUUUUUCGUUAUCAUGCGUGAUCUUCUCAAGUUAGAGAACCAAAUUCCCUUCUUUGUUCUUGAAACUCUGUUCGAGACCUCAAUCUUAUCUUCAAGAAAACAAAAUGUUUCAUCCCUGACGGAACUUGCCUUGAAAUUCUUUGAUCAUGCUGCUGAAAGACCUCCUGAAGUCCUAAGAAGGUAUAAAGACAUUAGGGGGGAGCAUUUACUAGAUUUGUUUCGCUCGACUAUCAUCCCAGCUUCGUCCCAAGAAGUGCCUAGAAAGAUCAGUCCAUUCCUUCAAUUGAUUCAUUCUGCCAAGAAGCUUCAUCAAGCUGGAAUAAAGUUCAAGCCAAGGGAGACUGACAGCUUCUUGGACAUCGAAUUCAGCAAUGGAGUCCUUGAAAUCCCACUUUUAACAAUAGAUGAUUUCAUUACAUCUGUCAUCCUCAAUUGUGUUGCAUUUGAACAAUGCUAUAACCAUUGCUCAAACCACAUUACAAGUUAUGUUACCUUCAUGGGCUGCCUCAUCAACACCCCUAGUGAUGCGGGGUUCUUAUGUGAUUACAAAAUAGUUGAGAAUUCCUUCGGAGCCAACGAGGAAGUUGCUAGUUUCUUCAAUAAUAUUGGCAAGGAUGUUACUUUUGAUAUUCAGUGGAGUUACCUGUCAAAAGUGUUUGAGGAUGUCAACGAGCACUGCAGCAACAAAUGGCAAGUUAGAUGGGCAGAGUUCAAGCAUACUUAUUUUGACACCACAUGGUCCUUCAUAUCAGCUUUAGCUGCAGUUGUUCUACUCAUCCUCACUAUGAUACAGGCCUUCUUUGCUUUCUAUGGAUAUUUCCGUCCUCCUAAACAAUAAUUACAUUCUGCUGUUCUAUCUUGCAAAUUGUAUAAGCGGAAUGCACUGAGCGAUGAAAAACCGUUCUCCUUGCAACUCUUUGCUGUCUUACCAAAACCCUGUAGUCUGCAGUCCCAAGUAAUGAUAGUUUUCAUGAAGCUUA